AUGGCAAAGGAUCCAUUGAAUAAAAUAGUUUUGAGUUAUUAUGAUUGUUUACUUAGAGCUAGUGAUAUUACAUUACUUCAAGGAUCUCACUGGUUGAAUGAUGUUAUAAUAGGAUUUUAUUUCGAAUAUUUGGAUAAGAAAUUUAACAAAAAUGAGAAAACAAAAUUGUAUUUCAUCAGUCCUGAAGUAACGCAACUGUUAAAAAUGUCAGAUUCAUCUCAGUAUGGUAUAUUUUUGGAUCCUGUGAAGGUAUCAGAAUGCAAAUGCAUACUUUUCCCUUUGAACAAUUGUGAGAGAAAAGAUACAACAGGAGGAUCACAUUGGAGUUUAUUAGUAUAUUGCAAACAAGAUAAAAGAUGUUACCAUUUUGAUUCAUCAAGCGGUUCUAACAAUAGUAUUGCUUCAGCAUUUGCAAAAAAUGUAAUGAGUUGUAUACUUGAUAAGAAUGAAUCUAGUAAUAAAUUUGUUAAAGUAGACUGUCCACAACAAGAUAAUAGCUAUGAUUGUGGAGUUUAUGUUUUAUGCUUAGCAGAUGUAAUUACAGAGAAUGUAAUAAAAAAUGGAAGAGUAGAUGGAUGUGAUUAUAGUCAAGUUAAAAAAUUAACAUGUACAAAACGUACACAAAUAUUGAACUUAAUAAAUGAACUUAAACAUAAAUCAAGUACUAUUUAG